AUGAUUACGUUUAAUUCAUUAGUGUGUUCCACGUUUGUGGUUUUAAUUAUUGCGACAUAUCCUAUUGCAUCAUUGACACCUUUAAAUGGUAGAUACACUAAAUCUAUAGAAAAUUACAAGUUGAUAGUACCUUAUGUGUCAGACUCCCAAGGGAAUUUCGUGUCUUUUAACUUACCGAAUUUUUACACGCACAAUCCUUCUAAGUCUCGUAAGAAACGAACUUCCGCAGAUUGUGAUAUGGUUCAUUACGGGCUGACGUUGAAUGGAAAAGAUCACGUUAUUGAUUUAUGGCCAAAUCACGAUUUCAUAUCUGGCGAUUUGAUUAUAGAGCAUAGAGAUCCAAAAUUGAGAACGGACAGUGAAAGAGUUAAACGAAUGGAUAGAGAAAAAUUAUGUCAUUAUACCGGAGAGAUUCGUGGGCAGAAUGGAUCGAAAGCGGCAUUGAGUACGUGUGAUGGAUUGGCUGGAUACAUAGUUCUCAAUAACAAAAGAUAUUUUAUUGAACCAAUGGCGCAGCAUCAGCCAAAUAAAGAAGGUCAUCACCUUCACGUAGUGCAUCAAAAUAGCCACCAUAUCGACAAGAAAAGUCCUCAUUGUGGUACUAGUGGAGACUGGGAAAAUGCGUGGAGAAAAAGAUUUCAAGAUAAAUAUUCAAAAAAUAAAAAUAUAGUUAAAGGUAAAAGAGGAACGGCAAGUGAACAUAGAUAUCUCGAAAUACUGAUAGUGUGUGACAAAAAAUUCAUAACACAUCAUAAGGAUAAAGAUAUGGAGAAUUAUAUAAUGACUAUAAUGAAUAUGGUGUCCGAUUUUUAUCACGAUGCUUCCAGCGGCAACCAAAUGGACGUAGUCGUAGUUCGCAUAAUGUAUCUAGAAAAAGAGGAAGAAGAAAUCGACUUGGUGAUAAACACCAACGCUGAGAAAACGUUGGAGAGCUUCUGCAAGUGGCAGGUGAAGAUAAAUCCCAAAGAUAUAAACAAUCCCAAUCAUCACGAUAUAGCUGUCUUGUUAACCAGGUAUGAUAUUUGUGCGGAUGAAGGAAAGGAUUGCGGUCUAAUGGGUCUUGCUUAUGUUGCAGCGGCUUGUACAAAAGAUGAAAAUUGCGCAAUUAAUGAAGAUGGUGGUUUAACUCUUGGAAUAGUUGUUGCUCAUGAAAUAGGACACGUAAUGGGCUGUGCUCAUGAUACUGAAGGUGAAUCAGCAUGCCCGUCUCAAGCCGGUGAUGAAUCAUAUUAUAUAAUGGCUCCGUAUGUUCAUAUGUUCACCACCAGAUGGUCAACAUGUAGUAGAGGCUUUAUGACAGCCCUGUUUGAAAAUAAUUUGGGAGAUUGUUUGAAUGAUGAACCAGAAGUGUCGAUUUAUUCUUUAAAGAAUGCCUUACCAGGAACUAUAUACGAUGCAGAAGCACAAUGUGAUAUCAUGUUUCCUGGAUCGACUAUCUGUUUAUUGGAUGAUGAAGAGUUUUGUUCGGUUUUGUAUUGCAAAACCGAACCCAAAUCUUGCGCAUCUAGAGGUGAGCCUCCCGCUGAUGGUACCAAAUGUGGAAAUAAUAAGUGGUGUUUUCACAAAAAAUGUGUUGAAAUUGGUAAGCGACCGGAAUCUAUUAACGGAGGCUGGGGCUCCUGGGGUUCAUGGUCUACAUGUUCAAGAACUUGUGGUGGUGGAGUAUCAGUAUCUGAAAGAGAUUGUGACAAUCCUGUUCCACAAUACGGUGGUCGUUAUUGCUUAGGAGAAAGAAAAAGAUAUCAAAUCUGUAAUAAAGAUCCAUGUCCAGCUGGUCAGCCGACUUUUAGAGAGAAGCAGUGCACAGAAAAAAAUAAUAAACCAUACAAAGGACAAUUAAGAACCUGGAAACCAUACCUCAAAAAAGAGGAACCAUGCGUUUUGUAUUGUUUGAAUGAAGCACGGAAAUUCGCCAAAUUGGAACCAAGGGUCAAAGAUGGGACACCAUGUAAAGCCGGAACAAAAAAUAUGUGUAUCAGUGGAGUCUGUAGGAGAGUUGGGUGUGAUUAUCAACUGGAUUCAGAUGCUGUUGAAGAUGUAUGCGGUAUUUGUAAUGGCGACGGCACGCAAUGUAAAAUUAUAGACGAAGUUUACAAAGACACCGGCGCUCGUGAUUACAAGAAAGUGGCGACGAUUCCACAAGGUAGCAGAAAUGUGAGGAUCGAAGAAUUGGCACCGUCAGUAAAUACUAUCGCCAUCACCGAUAAAUCAGAGAAACAGUUUUAUCUCAACGGAAACCAUCAAGAAUCCGAUGAUGGAGAAAAAUUAUUUGGCAAAACAGAAGGUAUCUAUACUCAUCCGGAACCUGGAAGAGAAUCUCUUAAAAUCCAUGGACCUACAACAGAGGAUUUGAUAUUAUUUGUUUGCUUCUAUGAAGAAAAAAAUGUCGGCUAUCAAUAUACUUAUGCUGAGCCAGCUUCUGAUCUUGGUUAUUCUCCGCAUUAUCAUUGGGAACUAUUGGAAUGGUCGGAUUGUGAUGUAAAAUGUGGUGGGGGUACACAAGUUUCAAAAUACGAUUGCGUAGAAGAGAGAGCAGGAAAAGUCAGCUCAAAUUUCUGUGCGGGAGAUGAAAAACCUGAGAUUUCGAUACAGAAAUGUAAUGAGCAACCAUGUAAAACCAAAUGGAAAGUUGGAAAAUGGGGACCUUGUAAAGCUUGUAAGAAUAUCUCAGGUUUACGAAAGAGAUUAGUAGAGUGUGUUCGUGAGAAUCCAAAACAAGGAGCAGAGGAUACACUAGUAGAAGAUUCAGAUUGUGAAUCACCUCGUCCAGCUUCCAGUGAAUUAUGCGAUUCAGAGAGGAAAUGUAGGACUAGAGAUGUGACUUGGGCAUCUGAGGACGCAUUAAGAGAUGUAUGGGCACAGCUUGAUAAAUUUAGAAGAAAUGGAAAGGGAAAUACUCAUCAUGAUGGUACCAAAUCCUUGAAUCGAACAAAAGAACCUAAAAUAAAAUUCAACGUGGGAGAAGUGAUUAAAGACAGAAUCCCUCAAAAAGAAAUAAAACUUCUGAAAGUUCCUUUGAAACAAUCCCAAAUUUCCACGAAUAUUUCUGAUAGUGUUUUUGAAUCUAUGGGGGACUCAAUUGGCGAUCAAUUAGAUACUGGUCACGUUGUCGUAGUGACUGGAAAAGACGCCGAGCAAGAGUUGAAGGAUUUAGGACACAAUGCUUUAGAAAAAGAUUUAUUAUCAACUACAGAAAUAGGAGCGGACGAUCCAGAACUAUGA